GUUAAUAAAGCUGCAGACUUUUGAAGCCAUCAUGGCAGCGUGCAUGCCGCUGUGUUUACAGAUGUCACCCUCGGUCUCUCUGGGCUUCAGGACUCUUUGGACCUUCAGAUGUUUCUCCAGGCGGAUCCUGAAGUCUCUGCCGGAGGUCUGCAGACGAGGUUACUCUGUGAAAGCCGAGCAGCAGGUGGAGGAGGGCGGCGUCACCUCCGCCGGGUUCAGCGGGCCCAUGGAUCACUACAACGGGCUGAUCAGAGACGGGACACUGCGGGAGGAUGAGCACCAGAAAGCGGUGUUAAAGACCCUGGAGCAGCUGCACAAAACACUCCGAGGAUACAGCAACACACCCACAUCUAUCUUCUCCAAGUUUUUCACAAAGCCGAAGCCUCCAAAAGGUUACUACAUCUACGGCGACGUUGGCACAGGAAAAACUAUGGUGAUGGAUAUGUUUUAUUCAUACGUCGAGACCGAAAAGAAAAAGAGGGUUCAUUUCCACGGCUUCAUGUUGGACGUGCAUAAAAGGAUCCAUCGGCUAAAACAGAGUAUGCCAAAGAGGAAAGCGGGGAAGAUGGCCAGAUCCUAUGACCCAAUUGCUCCGGUUGCUGAGGAGAUCAGCGAGGAGGCUUGUCUUCUGUGCUUCGAUGAGUUUCAGGUCACUGAUAUCGCUGAUGCCAUGAUUCUCAAGCAGCUUUUUGAGAAUCUGUUUCUGAACGGCGUCGUCGUUGUGGCCACUUCGAAUCGUCCGCCUGAAGAUUUGUAUAAAAACGGGCUGCAGAGAGUCAACUUUGUGCCUUUCAUCGCUGUGCUGCAGAAACAUUGUCAAACUCUCCGCCUGGAUUCUGGGAUUGAUUAUCGCAAAAGGAACAGACCGUCUGCUGGGAAACUCUACUUCCUCUCCAGCGAGCCUGAUGUCGAGACGACGCUAGACAAGAUGUUCGAUGAGCUGGCUUUCAAGCAGAACGACAUAACGCGACCGAGAGUUAUGAACGUCCACAACAGGAAGGUCCAUCUGAACAAAGCGUGCGGGACCAUUGCAGACUGUACUUUUGAGGAGCUGUGCGACCGACCUUUAGGGGCCAGCGACUACCUGGAGAUGUCCAGGCUGUUUGACACCAUCUUCAUCCGACACAUUCCUCUGCUGACCCUGAACAAGAAAACUCAAGCCAGGCGGCUCAUCACGCUCGUGGACGCCCUCUACGACCACAAGGUACGCGUGGUGCUUCUCGCAGAUCAUCCGCUGGAGGACAUUUUCGUACACGACGGCGAUCACAGUCACGAUGAGAGCCACAUUCUGAUGGACGAUCUGGGACUGAAAAGGGAUGAAGCCAGCAGUCUGUCCAUCUUCAGCGGAGAGGAAGAGAAGUUUGCCUUUCAGAGGACGGUGUCCCGACUCACGGAGAUGCAGACGGACGAAUAUUGGUUAGAAGGAGACAGAAGCGCGAAGUCAUAGGUGUAACUUUUUUUGUUUUUCUUGGGAAACAACACGACAUACUCCAUAAACUGUACUCCUCCUCUCUGCCAGACUGAACACUACUCCUACUCAUCUCAUCCGGCACAAACCUAACGGGACCGCUCAGCAGGAUGCGUGCACAGAGAAUAUUUAUUUAAAUCUUAAGGGCUUUCAUGACUUUAUUAUGACGUUGCACUUUACGGAUGAACUUUAGGGUGCCAUAUUGCUUUUAACUCAGUAUCAUAUCGCGGUCCAACUGUGUUUUCUUUUAUACAUCUGGAGUAAAGAAGUGGACUGAAAUGGACUUUUAUGAAGAUUUACGAACAUUUUAACCUCUUAUGUUUCUAAAAGUAUAUAUAUACAGUAUAUAAUGCAUCACAAUGAGCUGUAUGUCACUCUAAUGCAAGCCUAAAUACAGUGGCAGCAGACCAGUUCUGCAAUUUAAAGCUGUGUGUUUAUUUCUGAUGACGAAU